GGGGCCGCGGACCCUUCUCACCGGCUAUAAAAGGCCCGGGGGCGCGGCGGCUCGCCCAGGCUCGCCGCCGACUCCGCCCUCCACACGGACCGCGAACUCCGCUUCCCGCUCGGGCCCCACUCGACCCUCUCGGGCCUCGGCUACGCGGGCUGCGGCGGAAGAUGGCGGCUCCGGUCCAGGGCUCCGAGGGGGAACUGGCUGCCGCCCUGGCCGCUGUGCCCGAACUAGCCCGACUUCUGGAGAGCGACCCGUACCUGAAGCCCUUCGCCAAGGACUUCCAGCGCAGGUAUACGAAGUUUCAUCAGAUUUUGAACAACAUUGGAGAGAAUGAAGGUGGUAUUGAUAAGUUCUCCAGAGGCUAUGAAACCUUUGGCAUCCACAGAUGUUCUGAUGGUGGUUUGUACUGCAAAGAAUGGGCCCCAGGAGCAGAAGCAGUAUUUCUUACUGGAGACUUUAAUGGUUGGAAUCCAUUUUCCUACCCAUAUAAAAAAGUGGAAUAUGGAAAAUGGGAGCUGCAUAUUCCACCAAAGCAGAAUAAAUCUCCACUGAUACCUCAUGGAUCCAAAUUAAAGGUGGUGAUCACAAGUAAAAGUGGGGAGAUCCUGUAUCGUAUUUCACCAUGGGCAAAAUAUGUGGUUCGUGACGAUGGUAAUGUGAAUUAUGAUUGGAUAUACUGGGACCCUGAGCACCCACAUAAAUUUCAGCAUUCUAGACCAAAGAAGCCAAAAAGUCUCAGAAUUUAUGAAUCUCAUGUGGGAAUAUCUUCUCAUGAAGGAAAAAUAGCUUCUUACAAACAUUUUACAUGCAAUGUACUACCAAGAAUCAAAGAGCUUGGAUACAAUUGCAUUCAAUUGAUGGCUAUCAUGGAACAUGCGUAUUAUGCCAGUUUUGGGUAUCAAAUAACAAGCUUUUUUGCAGCUUCCAGUCGUUUUGGAACACCUGAAGAGCUAAAAGAACUUAUUGACACAGCCCAUUCAAUGGGUAUUGUAGUCCUCUUAGAUAUGGUACACAGCCAUGCUUCAAAAAAUUCAGAAGAUGGAUUGAAUAUGUUUGAUGGGACGGAUUCCUGUUACUUUCAUUCAGGACCUAGAGGAACCCACAAACUUUGGGAUAGCAGAUUGUUUAUCUACUCCAGCUGGGAAGUUCUAAGAUUCCUAUUAUCAAACCUAAGAUGGUGGAUGGAAGAGUAUUGUUUUGAUGGAUUUCGUUUUGAUGGUGUUACAUCCAUGCUGUAUCACCACCAUGGAAUGGGUCAGGAUUUUUCAGGUGAUUACAAUGAAUAUUUUGGACUGCAAGUAGAUGAAGAUGCCUUGGUUUACCUCAUGUUGGCCAAUCAUUUGGUUCACACUUUGUAUCCAGAUUCGAUAACAAUAGCUGAGGAUGUAUCAGGAAUGCCAGCUCUAUGUUCUCCAAUUUCCCAAGGAGGAGGUGGCUUUGAUUAUCGCUUAGCCAUGGCAAUUCCAGAUAAAUGGAUUCAGUUACUUAAAGAGUUUAAAGAUGAAGACUGGAAUAUGGGCAAUAUAGUAUAUACACUCACAAACAGGCGCCACCUUGAGAAGUGCAUUGCUUAUGCAGAGAGUCACGACCAGGCACUGGUCGGUGAUAAGACACUGGCCUUUUGGUUGAUGGAUGCUGAAAUGUACACGAACAUGAGUGUUCUAGCUCCUUUUACACCAGUUAUUGAUCGGGGAAUACAGCUCCACAAGAUGAUUCGGCUCAUCACUCAUGCCCUUGGUGGAGAAGGCUAUCUCAAUUUUAUGGGAAAUGAGUUUGGGCAUCCUGAAUGGUUAGACUUCCCAAGGAAAGGAAAUAAUGAGAGUUACCAUUAUGCCAGAAGACAGUUUCAUUUAACUGAUGACGACCUUCUUCGCUAUAAACUCCUAAAUAACUUUGACAGGGAUAUGAAUAGAUUGGAGGAAAGAUGUGGCUGGCUUUCAGCUCCACAGGCCUAUGUGAGUGAAAAGCAUGAAGGCAAUAAGAUCAUCACUUUUGAGAGAGCAAACCUUCUUUUCAUUUUCAACUUCCAUCCAAGCAAGAGCUAUACUGAUUACCGGGUUGGAACAGCAUUGCCAGGAAAAUUUAAAAUUGUGCUAGAUUCAGAUGCAGCAGAAUAUGGAGGACAUCAGAGACUGGACCACAACACCGAUUUCUUUUCUGAGGCUUUCGAACAUAAUGGACGUCCCUAUUCUCUUUUGGUGUACAUUCCAAGCCGAGUGGCCCUCAUCCUACAGAAUGUGGAUCUGCCAAACUGAAGAAACCUGAUCUCAGCUCGCCACAGACAGAUAUGUGUCGCUUGCUGGUUCUUGUCACUGAGUUUAUAAUAUGUAAGCUUUUCACAUACAGCUGUCUAGCCAAAACGUCAUAUCAAAAUUCAAUGUUGCUUUAUGCAAAUAGAUCAGGCCUCGCUUGAAGAAGUAGAGGGGGGAAAUUAUGUUUAAAUUUUUAGCAAUCCAUAUUUCUAAGCCAUGGAAGCAGCUUGGGUUCUCAAAGGAAGUAUGCAAUAUAAUAUCUUGAAAUGUUUUGCUUUCCUAACAAAUUGUUUGAUCCUUUUAAUUUCAGUUUAUGAAUUCUAUAUUCUAUAUAAGAAUAUUCGUUGAGUGUGUAUAGUGUUUUUUAAAAGUGGAUAUUUAGUGGCCUUAUUUGUUAUAUCUAUUGAUCUACAUUAUGAGGAACAGAGUUGCUUUCUUUGUUUUUCCAAAUUAUGUUUAUAAAUAAUUGUAAUAAAUAUGUAGGACUAAUGUGAAACCAGGAAUUGUAUCAAACGUAGCAUAAAAAAGGCCUUUAUCACAUGAACUCAUUUUUUGUUUUAUUUUGUGAUCUUUUUUAUUCACAUAUUAUUUUGGUAGAUGGUGAUGUCUGCAGUCUUAACAAAUACAUAACACAGAAUUGAAGCACUUUUGAAAAGUGUCUUUUACUUUACUCAAUAAAAAUAAUUGCAAAAUUG